AUGCAAAAUCAGAGCCCACAUCUGUCCCAUUUUCUGUCACCAACACCUGAUCUUCCCCUCAUAUUUACAAGUAUUGUGCCCUUAAUUCUCUCUUCCUACGUACAAUCAUUUACAUACAAUUCAUUAUUAAAAUCCUGUCAUUCAUCCUCAGAGGAGAUUUUGUCUGUUUCAGAUCUGUCACACACACUGGGAAGGGAUCAGUCAGUUUUAAUGAUGCCUUUUGGUGGGAUGACAGGUUUUGCCUGUUUCUUCUUCACCUGUCAAAGUUUCAUGACAGACAAAACCUUUUCUGUCCUUGAAGGCUCCCUUGGCUUGGCGUCUCAGGCAUCCAGUCCAAGAGCUCUUAAUGUGCUGAUGACUACGUUUACAGAGGAGAACAGAGCAUGA